AUGGGCAACUGCACGGAGAGAUCUGCUCCGAGCCAAGAAGAAGAAGAAGAAGACAUGGAGCCAGGAAAGCAAGAUGGUGAUGGAAUUUCUGAAAAGGAAGGCAGCUGCAGGGUUAAGAUCUUGCUGACAAAGAAGGAGCUGGAAUGGCUGGUGCUCCGUUUGAAGGAGAAAGGGGAGCAGAGGCUGGAAGAUGUGUUGGAGGAGAUGGCCAGAGAGCUGGGGAGAGAGAGAGGUAAAGCUAAAGGGUGGAAGCCUACUCUAGAGAGCAUAGUGGAAAGCUCAGAGGUGCAGACACCUUAA